GAGGAGGAGGGGGGAUACCCAUCUCCCUCCUCCUCCUCCUCCUCCUCUCCUUCCUCCCUGUCCUCCUCCUGCUCUGUCCUCAUUCUGGUCCCCCUGGAGGAGGGGUCUGCUGCUGCCGGGUCCCCGAUUCCUCCCCAGAGCCCUCGGAGCUCCUGCCCCUCCCCCAGUGCCAUGGCAGGCGCUUCGGGGAGCCAGUCCCACCAGGGCUCCAGCAGCCCCGAUGAGGAGGGGUCGAGCACCUGGGGGGCCCCGGCAGGGGCCCAGGCCUCGCUCCCAGAUGCGCUCUGCGUGAAGGUGGCCGGCCUGGUGCUGCUUCUGCUCCUCAAGUAUCGCACCAAGCAGCCGACCACACGGGCGGAGAUGCUGGCGGCGGUUAGCCAAGAUGACCAGGACCGCUUCCCCGUGAUCUUCCGCCGAGCCUGCGAGUAUCUGCAGCUGGUCUUUGGAGUCGACGUGAAGGAAGUGGACCCCCGCGAGCGCUCCUACGUCCUGGUCAGCAUCCUGGGCCUCAGCUGCGAUGGGACGCCGAGUGGUAGGGACGGCAUGCCCAAGACCAGCCUCCUGGUGCUGGUCCUAUGGGUGAUCCUCCUGGAGGACGACCGUGCCCCUGAGGAGGCGGUGUGGGAAGCGCUGGGGGUCAUGGGGGUGUAUGCCGGCAGGGAGCACGUAUUCUAUGGGGAGCCCAGGGAGCUGCUGACCGAAGUCUGGGUGCAGGAAGGGUACCUGGAGUACCGGCAGGUGCCCGGCAGCGAGCCCGCACGCUACGAGUUCCUGUGGGGUCCCAGGGCCCACGCAGAAACCAGCGGCGUGCAAGUGCUGCAGCACAUCCUGGCGGUCAACAGCAGGCAGCCCGGGUCUCCGUGUUUGUCCGAAGACGCUGUGAGCCAUGAGGAAGAGCGGGCCUGA